UCUUCUGUGUGUGCUAUUUCAUUCUCAUCCUAUCACCGGAAUCAUGUCUUCUGAUCGGACGGCUACAAAUUCGUGUUCACCGUUAACGGUGGUGAGAUGAGAGUAUUUGGAGAAAAAGAAAAGGCAGAGGAGAGGAGAAAGAGUACUCUGUUGGGAGGGAAUCAGUUUCAAACGGUCCUUCUCAGCUACGUUAAGCAGUUGAAGUUCAAUUGUUCAAAGAGGUGUGAGGAAAGAAAGGGGGGACCGUUUGCUUUUCUUUUGCAACGGUUAGCUUGAAUUUCAAAUCUUCCAGUUCUCUCAGCUUUUGGUCUACCUACAAUUCUAUUACGGCUUGCUUUAUAUUCAAAAUCUUCUCUUGCUAAUUCUUAUAUGAUCGUCUGAGGAUUGGAUCAAAAUCAAGCUCUGAAGUUCGAGAUGGAUAGCUUCUCGAACGCCGGUGAUCUUUAUGACCCGGGUUAUCAUCCCUCUCCUUCCUCGGGGGACCAGUUAGAUACAUCAACCACAGAAGCCACCGGGUACUCUACUUUGAGCGGUGAUUCAUUUGGAUACUGUAGGACCAAUUCUGGAACCUCAGCUUUCUCAGAACCCACCGAUGACAACAGUUGUUCUGACGAGCAUUCUACUUUGGGCUGGCCAAUUGCCAAAUCUGUCGCCAGUCAUGACGUUGGCAUCACGAGUUUGGUAGAGACGAAGCAACCCAUCAAAGUUGUUGACAAGAAAUCCGAUGCUCAUGAGCCUUCAGACUCCGAAAUCGAAAUGAUGAAGGAAAGGUUUUCUAAGCUCUUGUUGGGAGAGGACAUGUCCGGGAGUGGGAAAGGCGUCUGCACAGCAGUUGCAAUCUCGAAUGCCAUAACAAACCUCUACGCUACUGUUUUUGGUCAGAACUUAAGACUAGAACCUCUACUCCCAGAGAAGAAGUCUAUGUGGAGGAGAGAGAUGGACUGUCUUUUAACUGUGUGCAAUUACAUAGUUGAAUUCAUCCCUUCUUGCCAAAUCUAUCAAGAUGACAAGUCUAUUGAGCUGAUGACAAGUAGACCCAGAUCAGAUAUUUCCAUGAACCUUCCUGCACUGCAGAAACUGGACACUAUGCUACUGGACAUAUUAGAGAGUUUCAAGGAGUCAGAGUUCUGGUACGUAGAUGAGGGGAACCUGCCCUUAAACACAAACCCCACAGGGUCAUUCCGGAGGGUUAUUCAGCGGAAGGAAGAGAAAUGGUGGUUGCCGGUACCAUGUGUUCCCCCAGGCGGCCUCUCCGAGAAGUCAAGAAAACAAUUGCAGCACAAACGUGACUGUGCAAAUCAAAUACACAAAGCAGCAAUAGCUAUCAACAGCAGUAUUCUUGCUGAGAUGGAAAUCCCGGAGACAUACAUUUCAGCUCUUCCAAAGAGCGGAAGAGCCAGCUUGGGAGAUGCAAUUUAUCGUUACAUGUAUUCCACAGUUAAUUUCUGCCCCGACCAUCUUCUUGAUUGCCUCAAUAUAACAUCCGAGCAUGAAGCCCUUGAGACUGCAGACAGAAUUGAGGCCUCAAUGUACACCUGGCGACGCAAAGCAGGCACCAAUCACUCAAAAUCCUCAUGGGAAAUGGUCAAGGAGUUGAUGGUUGAUACCGAGAAGAACAACUUACUUGCUGCAAGAGCUGAGACUCUGUUGUUAUGCUUGAAACAGAGGUACCCAGAAUUGCCACAGACAACAUUGGAUACAUGCAAGAUCCAGUACAACAGGGAUGUGGGACAAGCCAUCCUAGAAAGCUAUUCAAGAGUGUUGGAAGGAUUGGCUUUCAACAUUGCUGCUUGGGUCGAGGAUGUCCUCUAUGUAGACAAAUCCAUGAAACGUCAGAGUUAGUACAAACAACAGAGAAGUUCAGCUUGAAAGCUGAAGUCCAACUCUUCACUGCGAUUUCAAGAGAAAAGCUCCCAAAAUAUGAACUUGGUUGUAAUAGUUCCAAUACUCAAAAUACAUAUAUAUGUAUGUACUAGGUUGCUUCAGUACUAAUGGUUGUCAGAUCGACAACAACUUAUCCAUCCCCAUGGAGAAGCUACUCAGGCUUUAAAUUGUAUAUGGAGUUUCUGCAAGACCAUCUGUGUUCUUCACAGAAGAUUCAGUAGACAUGGUAGUAACAGUCAAAACAAAAGUGGAGAGCUAUUACCUUUUAAAA